GCAGUUGGUAGAACCGGUAUGUGUGACUUGCUUGCUGCACUUUCUCUCUUCUGUUUCCUUCUUUAACGCAGUCAUUUACAUAUGUCUAUUUCACUUUGAGUGCAAAGUGCUAUUCUCUAAUUUCACGAUGGUGUAACGGUUCGUAACCUGUCUUCAACAGCAUAAAUUCGCUGUGUACGAAUAAACAAUAAAUAAAAUCACGCAAGAUGCCUUUUAUGAUAGGUAAAGAGCCUGUGCGACGCACAGUGCAGUAUUUAGCUUCCGGUCGGUUAGUCCUGAAGGAUAAGAUACAAAUAUUGUCUAUAAAUUAUAAUUCGCAUGGAAGGCAUCACAAAGGCACAAGAGAGUUUGUAUUUUGGCACUUACCGCAGUUACAGUACAAAAAUCCAACUGUACAAGUGGUUACCUUCAAAAAUCUAACACCAUCACCAUUCAUAAAAUGCUAUUAUGAGGAUGGAAGGACAAUGUUGAUAGAUGCAGAUAAUAAGUCUAAAGAUGAAAUUCUUGAACAUCUCGUAAAAGUAAUUGGAAAAUCAGAGGAGACAUUGAUAAAAGAAGCUAUAGCUAAAGAACAAAAACAGAAUCCAGCAAAUUUCGGAGUAGGAUGUGAAAAGAAUUGUAUAUGUCACAUACCAGGACAAGUGCCGUGUCCCGGUGUAGUGCCUUUGCCAUAUCACAUGCGUGGCAAGUACAAAGUUGAACAACUUCAGAAUAAAGAAUAGACAUAGUUAUUUAGUUAAAAGUUCUUGUAUUAUAAUUGUACAUGUAUUAAAUGUUUCUAAACCUAAGAUAAUGGAAGUAAUUUGUAUGUUAUGUAUCUUGUUCCAAUGCAGUUGUCACACAUACUUUGCACAUUUAUUAUAAAAAAGAUUCCUGUUUUAUGAAAAUACACACAUACACACAUUGAUGUAUA